AAAUCUAGUGAUCCAUCAAACGUAAAUAUUUAACGACACAAAAAACGUUUCUGUAAAAGAAAAAAAAAUAAAAAAUCUAGUGAUCCAUCAUACUCUGUUUAUUCUAUAGUGUGAACAAAAUUUGAUCCCUUUUCAUCCAAAACCAUUGAAUUCCAUUUAGAAAAAUGAAUUUAUGAUGUUCAAUUUUAUCUAUCUUUUGUCUCUUUCUUUCUUUCUUACAAAACAAAGCUAGAUACUUGGUUUUCUUGACGUGACACUAAUAACUUCUUCCCCAAACAAAGUCCAAACUUUUUCUUAUUGUUUUCUUCAUUCUUCUUCUUUCUUGCCACCCCCCCCCCCGCGCCACCCCCAACCCCCAGGAAACACGGGGGUAGUUUUCUUGGAAUUUUUUGGCUAUGGGGUACGUCAUUUUCCUAAAAUUAAUACAUUUGUGUUGAAAAGUUCUUUGCUUUCAUUGAAUUCAAGAAUAAGUAUUUGGUAUUCUUUAGUUUUUUGAGUUUUGGGAUUGUGGGGUUUUUAUAAAAAGAGAAAAAAAGAAAGGAAAAGGGGAGAUCAAAAAGAUUUCUGUUUCCUUUUAUUUCUUUGUUAGUUUUCUUGUUAUUUUUUUUAAGAAAGUCCAAAAGUUAUUUGUACUUUUUCCUUAGUGACAUAUAAAGGUAACAAAAUCCUGAUAUUGUUGUUUUUUUCCUCUGUUUUGUCUUUGUUUCCUUUGUGUGGUAUCUUUUUUUUUUUUUUUUUUGAAAGAGUUAGAAGAGAGAAAACAGUUUCAUUUCUCUCUUUCUCAACAAUGCAAUCAAAUCUUGAGUCUUUUUUGGAUUGCACAACACCAUUAGUAGCAUCUCAUUUUCUUGCCAAGAGUGAUAUUAGAAAACUUAAUAAGCUUUGGCAUCCAAGUGAAAGGAAAGAGAUUGAAUACUUCACAUUGGCUGAUCUUUGGAAUUGUUAUGAUGAAUGGAGUGCUUAUGGUGCUGGAGUUCCUAUUAAAUUGGAUAGUGGUGAAACUUUAGUCCAAUAUUAUGUGCCUUAUCUUUCAGCUAUUCAAAUUUUUACCAGCAGUUCAUCUGUAAGCACUUUAAGGGAGGAGACUGAGUCUGUGUGGGAGACAAGGGAUUCUUUCAGUGAUUCAUUCAGUGAUGAGAGUGAGAGUGAAAAGCUUUCGAGAUCGGAUGGUUGUUCCUCAGAGGAAGAUAAUCACUUGCAAAUGAAUGAUAGAUUGGGUUACCUUUAUUAUCAAUACUUUGAGAGAUCUUCUCCAUAUGGAAGAGUCCCUCUUAGGGAUAAGAUUAGUAGCUUAGCUGAAAAACACCCUGGAUUAAUGUCAUUGAGAAGUGUAGAUCUUUCACCAGCUAGUUGGAUGUCAGUUGCUUGGUACCCGAUAUAUCACAUUCCCAUGGGAAGAACCAUUAAGGACUUGUCUACAUGCUUUCUCACAUUCCACACCCUUUCUUCUUCUUUUCAAGAUAUGAACCUUGAAGAUGGCAUGGAGAAAGGUAUUAGGAAACGAAACGAAGGGGAAGCAAUCCCACUUCCACCUUUCGGUUUGGCAACUUACAAGAUGCAGGGUAAUGUGUGGAUUUCGGACAGGAGUGGGAGGGACCAAGAGAGGAUGGUGUCACUAUUAAGCGUGGCAGACUCUUGGCUAAAGCAAUUAGGGGUCCAACACCAUGAUUUUAAAUACUUCUUGGGCAUUCGUCGUGGCUAAAAACUCAAAUGAUUGACACUCUCUUUGACAUACUUCUUUGUAAAGGCAUUAGGCUUUUCUGUGAUCCCCUCACCUUACCAAAAUGAGGAUUGUAGUAAUGCAGUCUCUUGAACUUCAGAGUUAUGUGACUCUUUAUGUAUAGGAGUAGCUAAGUUUUGAAGGGAUAAAUUUUGAGGUGAAGCGAGAGAUUAGUGUGGACGGCUUUUAUAAUUGUGGACUAAUGAUCAUGACAUGACAAUGAUUAAGAUAUUCCUAUUGUGAGCUAUUCUUGCAAGCUUCUGCAAAAUGCUCUCUAUAUUGUAUGAUUCUGAACAGCUUUCAUUCA